AUGGCAGAACAAUCAAAAUUCACACAUCCCUUCCCUAAAUUGCUAUUUGAUGACAGUCACAUUCAAUUUAAAAAAUACUCGAAAUAUAUUAUAGAUACAGAUGCUGGAUCUGAUGAUGCUCAUGCAAUUCUCAUUGCCUCUUACAUUCUUAAAUAUAUUAGAACGGAUGCAGAAUUGAUUGGAAUUACAGCAGUGGCAGGUAAUGCUGCACUUGAAAAUGUGAUAAAAAAUGUGUAUAUUACAACUAGAAUUGGACAUUUUGGCGAUAAUCCUCCUAAAAUAUACAAGGGAUGCAGAACAGAUACAUUGAGGAGGUUUUACAGAGAUAAUUACUUUUUGGAAGAUGGAUUAGGCGGAUAACAAUAGAGAUUAUUAACUGAAUUAGGAUUGUAAGAUAAACCAUUGGAAUAUUUCCAUGAAAAACAACAUGCUUGUGAUUUCAUAAAAGAUUCAGUUUACAAAUACGGAGAGGACUUAUGUAUAAUUUGUAUUGGUCCAAUGACUAACAUUUAUUUAACACUGUAAAUGUAUCCAGACAUUGUCGAUAAGCUUGGAUGUUUAUUUGCCAUGGGAGGAACAUAUAUGGGAGUAGGCAAUGCAGCAAAUUCAGUAGCGGAGUUUAAUGUGCAAACUGAUGUUGAAGCAACAGCAGCAGUGGCUAUGGCAAAGUUUAAAUAAAAGAUCUUAUUGCCAUUUGAUGUCGUUUUAGCUUACACUUUAGAUAAACAGAAUGGCAAAGUCAUCUUUGAGAAUGGAGCUAAUACAAAGAAAUCUCAAUUUGUUGAAAGCACCUUCAAAGCUGUUAGUCAUGAUGGAAAUUACAUUCUUUGUGAUGAAUUGGCUGUAAUGGUAGCAUUAGUGCCAAGUUUGAUAAUUUAUUCUUUAUAAAAGAAUAUAUCUAUUGUGUCUGAUGGACAGGCAAGAGGAUAAGUUAUCAUUGAUUGGUUGACAUUGAUGAGAGGAAAUCAAAAGUCAAUCGUCAGCAUUCUAACAGCUUUUGAAUGGGAUUCUGUUAUUGAGAUAGCCACUAAGGCUAAUUUGGAUCAAUAAUGACAUAUAAAGAUCAAAUAUUAAUUUAAGAAUUAAAAUUCAUAACUCGAA